AAAGGUUCACAGUUAUAAUUCAUCUAUUCAUUCUAAUUACUACAGAAAAAAAAUUGUUUUUUUCCAUCCAUCCUCUUGUCAAUUAUCUGAACUAGUUCUGUAUUUUUGCUAUUAUUAACAGUACUUCAAUGACCUACUGGCUCAUAUUUCCUGAUACACAUCAACAAGAAUGUUGCAGUCUCCCCCUAGAAGUUGAAAUAUUCCACCAUAGCAUAGAUCUUUGCCUCCAGAAGUUACAAGAUGGCCAAUUCAACCACCACAGAACCCCCAAACCAGCCCUGCUCCCGGAACACCCUUAUCACACAGCAGAUCAUCCCUGUGUUGUACUUCGUGGUCUUCAUCACAGGGAUCCUCCUCAAUGGAGUAUCAGGAUGGGUAUUCUUUUAUGUGCCCAGCUCUAAGAGUUUUAUCAUCUAUCUCAAGAACAUAGUUGUGGCUGACUUUCUGAUGGGCCUGACUUUCCCUUUCAAAGUCCUUGGUGACUCAGGCCUAGGUCCCUGGCAGGUGAACGUGUUUGUAUGUAGGGUCUCUGCCGUCAUCUUCUAUGUUAAUAUGUAUGUUAGCAUCGUGUUCUUUGGGCUCAUCAGCUUUGACAGGUAUUAUAAAAUUGUAAAGCCCCUUUUGACUUCUAUUGUGCAGUCAGUGAACUAUAGCAAACUGCUCUCCGUGGUUGUGUGGAUGCUCAUGCUUCUCCUCGCUGUCCCAAACAUCAUCCUGACAAACCAGAGUGUCAAGGAGAUUACGAAAGUACAGUGUAUGGAACUCAAAAAUGAGCUGGGACGGAAGUGGCACAAAGCAUCUAACUAUGCCUUCGUGAGCAUUUUCUGGAUUGUGUUUCUUCUACUAAUCAUCUUCUACACCGCCAUAACAAGGAAAAUCUUCAAGUCUCACCUCAAGUCCAGAAAGAAUUCCAUCUCGGUCAAAAGGAAGUCUAGCCGCAAUAUAUUCAGCAUCGUGCUUGUAUUUGUGGUCUGCUUUGUACCUUACCACAUUGCCAGAAUCCCUUACACCAAGAGUCAGACGGAGGCUCAUUACAGCUGCCAGUCAAAGGAAACCCUGCUCUACGUGAAGGAAUUCACUCUGCUGCUCUCUGCUGCAAAUGUGUGUCUGGACCCCGUUAUUUAUUUCUUCUUAUGCCAGCCAUUUAGAGAAGUCUUAAGUAAGAAGUUACACAUCUCAUUAAAGGUCCACAAUGACCUAGACACUUCCAAAACCAAGAGGGGAAAUACAGUCCACGAAAGCACAGACACUUUGUGAAUUCCCAUCCCCUUCCAAGUACUGUCCAUGUUGUUACCUGAUAAUUAAGAAGUAUAAAUAAAACGCAUGCUUAUGAUGAUAAGUAACUUAUCUAGCAGUAUUAUUCAACAGUAAGAAUGAAGUUCAAAAUAAUUAGUGCAAUGAAAUUCAAAGUUUCCAUGUAAAGAGAAAGUCUGUGCAUAUCACAAUCUUUUAGAAAUGGAAUGAAUGGAGGGCUGUCACGUGGUUUCCGGUCUAUGAGUUACUAAACUAAACCCUUCUCUGCGAUUAAUUUGCUUCUUAGAAGACACCCAAUCUUUCAGGUGUGCCUCCUAAAUAUUCUUCUAUUAAUGCUCAUAUCUACUUCAUGUUUUACACUCUGUAUGUACCAAUAAACAAGUUGUCUUCAAAACCA